CAGACAUGCGCGCCUACGUCCUCCGCGGGGCUCCGCAGAGUUUUGAAGAGAGGGAAAAAACAAAUAUCCGUUUUCCGAAUGUGUGUGUGUGCUUUCCACACCCUCGGUGAUGUUUUGGAAAAUUAAAGGAUACUAGUUGUAAGGAAUCAUUUCAGGUGGCCUUUUACCGUUGUUCUAUGAAGCCUGUUUUGUCUGUUCUGUUUAAUAAGUUUAUGAGCUUCAUUAUGCUGCGAAGUGUCGAAAUUUAUUUUGAUACUCUUCCCGUAAUGAGUACGAAAUACCACCUUAGACUUAUCCAAAACCACACGAAUGCCAAAAACCAGGGUUCGUUCUCAGGUUUUUCAUAGGAAUGUUAUUUUAAUUAAAGGUAGACUCCAACGGAGUCUGACUAGUUUGAGUAUUUGUAGUCAACAGCAGAGCUAUAACAGCUUUAUUUAGCUUAUUGAUCAAAAGAAUAACAGCUGGUAAAUACAAAACCAACCUCUUCCAAUUUACAAGAAAAGGGAAAAAACCUGGAACCGGCUGUGUGAUGGAACCAGAAACUUCUUAACAUUUUAUGGGCAAGCACAAGCGACUUCCUAGUUUUCUAGAGGAAUCCUAAAAAGGCAGCUUCUCUCAUAAGUCUCACGGACAACUAACCUUCACCACUAUCAACUGUCAUUUCCCAAACUGCCACAGAAUUUUCUAGGUCCAGCAUUCUGUCAUUUCUUAGAAGGAUCAUCUUCCAAAACAUUCCACCUGCUCUCUGAAUAGUAGCCUCAAGGCUCCUCAGCUCUUGGGAAGCACCGUUUUCCAAAACUGGUGUCAUAGGUCCCCGGAGGAGAAAACCUCCAGCAAAAACACAAGAGUCUAAGGGGAGAGCCACAGGAUCAAUUCAUAAUAAACGGGUCUCUUACUCUGAUGGGAGCCAGCAGCACUUUGCCUGAUUGUCCUGAUCCUAAAGCUGCUACUACCCCAAUGUAUUUAAAAUCAUGUCACAGGAUACAAACUGGAAGAAAAAACUUGAUUCUCUGACUGAUGUGUUAGUUUGUAGCAUGCACCAGAGACACUCAAUGCAAUUCUGCUUUGGCUGACACAAAAUAUUUACAAAAUUUUCAGACUUAUCCUGGUUAUAGAGAGGAAUUUCUCAUCACUCUUUUGUUAAAGAGGAAGAAUCAUCAUGGGUAGGAUCAUGCUUUUCUGGAAAAAUACUAACAUGACAUUCACAACAGGAAGAAAUAGCAGUGAGAAGAACAAGAAAAAAUAAUAGAAAAUAAUUUUAAAAGCAGAAGAAAGUAGAGCUCCCAGCAUUCUAAAGACUACCAAAAUGUACAGAUUCUGAAAUAACAGCAAAACCUCUCAUGGAUAUGACCUGUCUUUACUAUGUCUAGUGGAAUAUAGCUGUUUACACCUUAUCUGCAAAAGGGCUCCCAGUGCCGAUUCCGACACUGUGAAAAGGCUCUUGGCAGUGAUACUGUGUGCUCAUUAUGGAGAGAGAAAAAAUGUUUAGAUCCGCUUUGCAGAUUUAGACACAUGGAGAUGCAGCAAAACUGUAGCAUUUCAUGCUUCUGGGAAACUCAGCCUCUUGGUUGUGUGAAGAUCAGUUGCAUCUUUUAUCACAGCAAACCUCGAAAUAUCAAUGGAUUGUUUUUACCACCAAGUAGCAAUGUCACACUACAGAAAGAAAGUCAGGAAGGAAUUCCAACCCUGACUCAGAGUCAGGAACCUCUGAAACCUCAAGAGAAUAUAUCUCGACCAAUUCACCAUCCUUUAGUUUUAAAAACUAACUUUGAGGAAGAAGAGGAGGAAGGAGAGGAGCAAAAUGAUUAUUUGGAUUUGGGAAAAUUUAAUUUAAAACAAAUAUAUCUCAUAGAUGCUUCUUGUUUAUGGACAAAGACUGCUGAAGAAAUUGAAGAAAAAAGAGCAAUAAAGGAGAUGUGUAAUAAAUCUGGUGAAUACUACAGAUUUCAUACUCCUCCAGAUGUUUCAUCAUCAAAAAGCAUAACUUCUACAGUAGAAAAGGAGUUAGAAAAGCCUUUGGAAAAUGGCAGUGAAUUGCAAGAAGGGGAUGGACUUACAGUUCCAACAAAAUUUAGUAUAAUUGAAAGGCAAGGUGAGAUAAAAACAUCGUUGGAUAGGAAACCAAGGACUGACAUUGCCGCUUUUGAAAAUGGAGGAGGAGACUGUUAUGUUCCACAGAGGAUCAUAUUUCUUGGAGUAGAUGAAAGUGAAGCUUUACCUGAAGAAAAGGAAAUCACCAUGUCAAAAUGUUCAAAUACUAAAGAUAACAAGGACAAUCCUCAUCCAAAGCGUUCCCUAACUACCCGGCCAGCACCUACAACGCACGUGUUAAAUGCUACUGAAAACAUCAGUGUGAAGUGCAGAGAGGACCCCUCUUUAAUGAAUGAUGUCCAGCCAGUGAGGAAGCCUCAUUUGAAAGGUGUGAAAAAAAGAAAAUGGAUUUAUGAUGAACCAAAGAACUUUCCUGGUCCUGGAAUGCGGCGAGCAGUACAGGCCCCAAAUCCCAAAAAUAAAAUGAAUUACCAUCGCAACAAUAAAAGCCGAAAUGCUGAGAAUGCGUCCUAUAUCCACGUUCAAAGAGAUGCCGUCAGAAAUGUCUCAUUGAAUGCACAGCCCCGCAGCCGGCCCACAAAUGGGUCCUACACUAAAGUUGAUGUUAACAAAGAACCCAAACUCAACCUCUAUCCAGACAAAUAUAUGUCAACAUCAUAUAAUAGUUCAGCCUGGAGAAAAAGAAUUCCUUUUCCAAAGACAUAUUCAAAAACUGAAAAGAUUUAUCCAGAGCCACGAAGAAAUGGGAGUAAGUAAACUUGGAGGUUGAGAGAAGAGGAAAAAUGAGAAAAGAGAAAAGUGUCAGACAUCAUCUGAUUUACAAUCGAAAAUGAAAAUUCAAAGAAUGAGAUAUUCAAGUACUCCAUACCAUAUACGGGAUAGCCAAAGAUGAUAAAAUGCAAAUUCUGAAAAUAAGAUGCAGGAAGUACAUUGUGCUCUUUCAAAACUGAUAAAUAUGCAAAUUACAAACA